UGUUGUGUUCUGUGUCGUUACAGUUCCUUCUGCCAGUCAUACGACAUGAAGCAGCACUCCACGAAGGUUUUCAGAGACAUCGUCAACGCUCUAGGAUCCUUCAUCCAGUCCCUCUUCAUCCUCCCUAACCUGGGCAACAACGCUGCUCUUAGCGCACCUGCUGGUUCGGGGGCCCAGGGUUCAUCACAGGGGGGUAUGGGCCCAGGAGGGAUCAACAGCAACCAGACCACGCAGGCUGCGUUUGAAUACCGCGGCACCUGGAUCCCACUCAUGACUGUUAGCGUCCAGGGCAGCGCCAAAGCCACCUAUCUGGAGAUGCUGGACAAGGUGGAGCCCCCGUCGAUCCCCGAGGGCUACGCCAUGUCGGUGGCCUUCAGCGCCCUGCUGGACCUGGUGAGGGGCAUCACCUCCAUGAUCGAGAGGGAGCUGGCCGUGGAGGAGGGGACCGCUGCUGAGUUCAGGGAAACUCAUCCUGGUCAGCAGUGGCAGCCACAACCCGGAGCCCAUCAGGUGUGGGAGGAGAUGGUCAGCGCCUGCUGGUGCGGUCUCCUCGCUGCUCUGUCUCUGCUGCUAGACGCCAGCACUGAUGAGACGGCCACAGAGAACAUCCUGAAGGCAGAGCUGACGGUGGCCUCGCUGUGUGGGCGCCUGGGCCUGGUGACGCCCCGCGACGCCUUCAUCACCGCCAUCUGCAAGGCCUCUCUGCCGCCACACUACACCCUGACUGUCCUGAACAGCAACACCGCCAGCCUCACCGGCAAAUCGUACUCCAUCCUGGGCCAGACUGUGCAGAUCAUCAGUCCCUCCAGUGAAUCUCAUCAGCAGGUGGUGGCUGUCGGGCAGCCCCUCGCCUCCCAGCCCCAGGGCACUGUGGUGCUCACUUCAAAGAACCUGCAGUGCAUGCGGACCCUGCUGAACCUGGCCCACUGCCACGGGGCCGUGCUGGGCACCUCCUGGCAGCUGGUGCUGGCUACACUGCAGCACUUAGUGUGGAUCCUGGGUCUGAAGCCGGGGCCGGGCGGGGUCCUGAAGCCUGGCCGAGCUGUGGAGGGACCCAGCACAGUGCUAACCACAGCCGUGAUGACAGACCUGCCCUUCAUCGCCAACAUCCUGUCCAGACUGUUUGAGAGCUCUCAGUACCUGGAUGAUGUGUCCCUUCAUCACCUUAUCAACGCUCUGUGUUCCCUCUCACUGGAGGCGAUGGAAAUGGCUUCUGGAAACAACAAGGAGCCCUCUCUGUUUGCUGUGGCCAAGCUGCUGGAGACCGGCCUGGUCAACAUGGAUCGUAUAGAGAUCCUGUGGAGACCCCUCACCGGCCACCUGUUGGAGAAGGUCUGCCAGCACACAAACUCCAGGAUGAGAGAGUGGGGGGCCGAGGCGUUGACGGCGCUCAUCAAGGCUGGCCUGGCCUACAAACACGACCCUCCCCUCGCCCAAAAUCAGAACUUCUCUAUCCUCUGA